CGAGACUCGCUGUCCGAAACUUCCGGCUUUGGUAGACGUCCCAGGUUGCCCCCUUAGCGAUGCGGUCCCGGUUUCUAUGGAGUGCUGUGCGUCCUCUGUGGGCCCGCCGGCUGGUCAGCCCCGCCCGCCGGCACCUAAACUGCGGGAGCCUGCCGCUGGAGGAGCUGUUCGCCCGAGGCGGGCCCUUGCGGACCUUCCUGGAGCGCCAGGCAGGCUCCGGAGCCCGGCUGCAGGUCAGGGGGGCUGAGCUGCUGGCGGCGGCCCAACUGCUGAGCGAGAAGGAGCGGGAGCUACAGGAGACCGAGCAGUUGCUACGCGAUGAAAAUGAAGAUUUAAGGAAACUUGCAGAGAAUGAAAUAACCUCAUGUCAAAAAGAAAUAACUCAGUUGAAGCACCAGAUUAUCUUACUUUUGGUUCCCUCAGAAGAAACAGAUAAGAAUGAUUUGAUCCUGGAGGUAACUGCAGGAGUUGGGGGUCAGGAGGCAAUGUUGUUUACUUCAGAGAUGUUUGAUAUGUAUCAGCAAUAUGCUGCUUUUAAAAGAUGGCAUUUUGAAACCCUGGAAUAUUUUCCAAGUGAAAUAGGUGGCCUUAGACAUGCAUCUGCUAGCAUUGGGGGUUUAGAAGCCUAUAAACACAUGAAAUUUGAAGGAGGUGUGCACAGAGUACAAAGAGUGCCAAAGACAGAGAAGCAAGGCCGCAUCCAUACUAGCACCAUGACUGUAGCAAUCUUACCCCAACCGACUGAGAUUAAUCUGGUGAUUAACCCAAAAGAUUUAAGAAUUGACACUAAACGAGCCAGUGGAGCUGGAGGACAGCAUGUAAAUACCACGGACAGUGCUGUCCGGAUAGUUCAUCUUCCAACAGGUGUUGUUUCUGAAUGCCAACAAGAGAGAUCUCAACUGAAAAAUAGAGAGAUGGCUAUGAAAAAGCUACGUGCAAAACUGUACAGCAUGUAUCUAGAAGAAGAAACAAGUAAAAGAUACAGUGCUAGAAAGAUUCAGGUUGGAACUAAAGGAAGGUCAGAGAAAAUAAGAACAUACAAUUUUCCACAGAAUCGGGUCACAGAUCACAGAAUAAACAAGUCACUUCAUGAUCUUGAAACUUUUAUGCAAGGACCUAACAAUAUGCUACAAAACCUAUUCUAAAGGCUCUCUAAAGAAACCGGAUCCACCCGGCACUUGCGGAGCUCAUCCGGAUCCCAGCCCUGCCUCAUCAGGACUUGCCACCAAUUUAACUCAGCGCUUACCGUGAGUCAACUAUUAGCUCUCAAUAAUCCUGCAGAUUAUCAGCAAGGGAGAGCCGCUGAAAACAAAGAUUCUUGGAACUUAAACCUCCUGGCUUCAUUGGGCUGUUGCCAAAAAGCUGAAUGCAAGGAAUGUACUGUCACCACGUGAAGGCACGUGCAGACUGAAAUAUUCAGUAUGACUAAUCACACGGUGCCAGCUCUCAUCAAAGACUAGGAGUUCUCCGACCCAGGCCCCCGCCAUUCCCUUGGCUUGAAGCCUCCGGCCCUAGGGUGUGGGGAUCGGGAUUCCCACGGCAGGACGUUUCAUAAAUGUAUUUAUCUCGCAGCAGGUCUUUCUCUUGCGCUGGGCCCCUGAAGUAAAUAAACAAAAAAAAACCU